AUGCAGCCAGCUUCUAAGUUACCUUCUCAAACUUCCUUUCACGUUCCCUCCCUUUCACAACCCUCCCGGCAACAGGAAGGGUGGAGCAAGCGCAUGCCUCCAAUGGUCCUCUUCCCCGGAUACGAGAUGCAGCCGGUGCUGCAGGUGGCCCGCCUCCCGCCCUCCGAGAACGCCGGUUACCGCGUAACCUUCUCGAAGCAGAUGCGCGCGUUGCUGCAAGCAGCGGAGAAGCUGGGGUCCUUGGUGAAAUACGACUGGCAGGGGUUCCUGCCCAACAAGCGGCAGUACCGCAUGGCAGGGCUGGCAAUGAUGGACCUUCGAGACCUGGUGCGGCGCACAUGGGCAGUCAUGGCGGAGGAGAGAGACAGACAGGCCGCUGGUGCUGCUGGUGGUGGGGGCGGUGGUGGUGGGGGUGGUGCUGCUGCUGGUGCUGCUGCUGGUGGUAGUGGGAGCAGGAGGGGGCGGAGGAGGCAGCAGCGGCUGCAGCAGCUGCAGCAGCAGCAGGAGCAGGAGGAGCAGCAGGGAGAGUCGGAGGGAGCAGAGCAGGAGGACAGGCAGGAGCAGAGGCAGCGCAGCAAGACACAGGAUCGCAGGCGACGAAACAAAAACCAGCAGGAGAAGGAGGAGGAAGAGGAGGAACAGGAGGAGGAGGAGCAGCAGGGGCGGCGGUCGCGGGGGCGCGAGAGGAGGGGUGGGGGGGGUGAGGCGGAGAAAGGACAGGCGCAAGGGAAGGUGGGGGAGACGAUCGGCGGGUGGAGGGAGAUCUAUGACCGUGUGCUGCCCGCCUUCUUCGUCUCUCUUGUCCCCCAGAGAGCCAAGGAGUUCGAGGAGGGCUUUGGGGCCAAGGAGUUUGAGGAGGGCUUUGGGUCCGUGACAACCAUGCUGGUGGGGCAGAUGAAGAACAGCCGCUACUACUUCAUCUUUGACCGAGCGCUGGACAUCAUGAAGGGGCGAAUGCUGGAUGAUGGCGUGUGGAACGGGCACAACAACCCCGUCGAAAUCACACCAGAGAUGAAAGCACAGAUCAAGGCGGCAAAAGACGCGGAGGAGCUGUGGAAAGUGAUUGGGGAGGACUACUGGGUGGUCACGCCCUGCUACAGCACCGCCACUCCUGGGUGGCUGCAUGCUGCGGGUGCACCCCCCCUCCUGUGCCUCUCCCCUCCUGUGCUCCUCCCCUCCUGUGCUCCUCCCCUCCUGUUCUCCUCCCCUCCUGUUCUCCUCCCCUCCUGUGCUCGUUCCCUCCUCUGUUCCUCCCCUCCUGUGCUUCUCCCCUCCUGUGCUCGCCCCUUUACGCUCUAUCCUCGUUGCCUUUGUCCAUUCAUGAAUACUUAUGUGAUGAACGGCACUCGCCUCACCAUGGUUCGCACCCCUACAUAUUACGACUUUGCCAUCAAGACACCCGGCACGCCUCCCCGUUGGAAGGAGUACGACCAUGAGAUGGAAGCUGCUUGGAAGGCGCUGUGUGCAGCAUACCUGGGCACAGGGCUGAAGGAAAGCAACAUCACACCCCCCCAUCCUCCCUUCACCUUCCUUCACUGUGUUAACGCCGUCCUCCUCCCCCACACCAGGCCCCGUGCGCUGUGUGCAGCCUACCUGGACACAGCGCUGAAGGAAAGCAACAUCACGGAGUAUCGCCAGCGCAUUCAGCGCGCCAUCCUCUCUCUCGCCUUCUACUGGUACAACUUCACGCCUCUCGCACGCGGCACGCGGCACGGCCAUGUGGGCUUUGUCACCAUGCUGGGGCUAUUCAGUACAACUUCAUGCCUCUCACUCGGGCGCGGCCGUGGUGGGCUAUGUCACCAUGCCGCCCAUCCCUCCCACAUCCCUCCCACAUCCCUCCCAUCCCUUGCAUCCCGCAUUCCCCAUCUCCUCCUCAUCCCAUCCCACCCGCCCAUCCACGCGUGCAGGUACAACUUCAUGCCUCUUGCACGCGGCACGGCCAUGGUGGGCUAUGUGACCAUGCUGGGGCUAUUCCUUGCAGCGGACAUGCAGAUCACAGCACACGUGCCCAGAGGACUCCAGCGCCUCCUUCCCCACUCUCCCCCCCCCCGGAUCCUCUGCUCUCCACUAUCUCCCAUCCAGGCGGAUUGGGAGGGCAUUCUCUCGCCACGGCUCGACUCUUUCAUUGGGGCCCUCUCCCCCUGGCUACUUUUGAGGCACCUUCAAAUUCCCCUCCUUCUCCCGCUGUAUCCCCCGCUCUCCACUAUCUCUCAUACAGGCGGAUUGGGAGGGCAUCCUAUCGCCACGCCUGGACUCCUUCAUAGCGGCUCUCUCCCCGUGGCUCGUCCCUUCCAUCGACCACAACUGCUCUGCUCUCCACAACCUCCCCUCCGUCCCCGUCACCGAGUCUCUUUCAUCCCCAUUCCAAUCACCUCAUACCCCCUCCCCUUCUCCCUCCCGUCUUAUCCCCCCUGCACCUCCUUCCCCACCCCUCCCCCUUCCCCUGCUCCCGCCCUCCCCUCUUCCUCCCCCACCAUCCACCCCCUCCCGCCCUCGUUAUCUACCCGCCAGGCGGAUUGGGAGGGCAUCCUAUCGCCACGCCUGGACUCCUUCAUUGGGGCUCUCCACCCCUGGCUGCUCCCGUCCAUCGACCCAACUGCUCUGCGCUCCACAACCUCCCCUCCGUCCCCAUCACCGAGUCCCUCUCAUCCAUAUACCAAUCACCUCACACCUCCUCCCUUUCCUGCAUCGCCCUCCCGUUUUCUUAUCCGGAUUCUCCUUCCUCUCCCCCCAUCUCCCCUCUACCCGCCCCCCCCCACCCCCCUCUUCCACUCUCUCCCCGCCAGGCGGAUUGGGAGGGCAUCCUAUCGCCACGCCUGGACUCCUUCAUUGGGGCUCUCUCCCCCUGGCUCGUCCCAUCCAUCGACCACAACUGCUCUGCACUCCACAACCUCCCCUCCGCCCCUGUCACCGAGUCCCUCUCAUCGCUUCUAG